AACCAAGUCAGUGAGCAUUGAAGCAACAGCAGCUGACACAUCACAUUCAUACAUUUAUGGUGCUCCCUGUGUCCAGGCUCUUCUUUUAAGAUGAUGCCAGAAGAUUUCCUUUAAGAAUCAUCCUGAUGGCGGCCAAACAUCUGAGUCUCGAGGCCCCGGCUGAGGCACACUGUGAGAUUAAUGCUGCUGGUUCUAUUGUCCAUUAGAAGGAGAGGUAAAAGGUUUAGAUCAGGAACUUCAUUCCACCUGAUCUCUUCAGGAGAUCAACCAUACUCCUCAAAUUUCUGUCCCGUUGUCCCCCUCCAAGGCAGCAGUCAUGAACUGGAAUUGGCUGGAGGACCUCAUCAGUGGGGUCAACAAUUACUCCACAGUGUUCGGUCGAGUCUGGCUCUCAAUGGUCUUCAUCUUUCGGGUGAUGGUGUUUGUGGUGGCGGCUCAGCGAGUGUGGGGAGACGAGAGCAAAGAUUUUGAAUGCAACACUAAACAGCCAGGCUGCGUCAACGUGUGCUACGACCACAUCUUCCCCAUCUCCCACAUCCGCCUGUGGGCCCUGCAGCUCAUCUUCGUCACAUGCCCGUCACUGAUGGUUGUUGCCCAUGUCAAAUAUCGAGAGAUGAAGGACUUAAAGUACACCACAACCCAUGAGGGUAAACACAUGUAUGCCCGCCCUGGGAAGAAACGUGGAGGACUGUGGUGGACAUACCUGGUGAGCCUGAUCUUAAAGGCAAGCUUUGAUGCUGGUUUCCUGUACAUCCUUUACCACAUCUACGAAGGGUUCGACUUACCACGUUUGUCCAAGUGUUCCCUGGCUCCUUGCCCGAACACGGUGGACUGUUACAUAUCCCGCCCCACAGAGAAGAAGAUCUUCACUCUCUUCAUGGUGGUGUCCUCUGCUCUCUGUAUCUUGAUGUGUAUCUGUGAGAUGUUUUACUUCAUCGGCAAGAAAGUCAAGAAACGAUUUAAGAGGAAAAUAGAUGCAAACAGGCAGGCGUUCGCAGAGACUCACGAGCUGAAGCCACUGUCAACAGCUUUUCCAAGGCACAAGUCUAGAUCAUCUUUGAGAGUGGAUCCAACAGUGUCUAACCAGAACCUAAGUAACAUCAAGACAGAGGAGACACCAACUGUGAAAUAAGAAUCAUCUUGCUCGGGCUACUCUGAAAAACUAAUUGAAUAACUCCAGGUGCUACUGGAAGCAAAUGCAUCCUUCCGACGGCUUGCAGAACUGUUACUCAUAGGGAGAAGAAAUACCCAGUGAUUUGUAAAUAAAACUUUGUUAAACAAUAUUCUGCAUGGAAAUCGACACCAAAAUUGCAGAUGAAAAGGAAGCUAUUUUUGAGUAAUGAUGCUUUAUAUGUGUAUGGUGUGUGUGUCUGUAUUCAUGUUUUUAUGUAACCUGCGCAUCACUGGCCAAUAGUAAAUUGUGAUAAGCUGUUAGAUAAAGUCCUUCUAAUGGAUUAAACUUUAAAAGGUUGAAGGUCCUAAACUCCUGUAGAUACCGAACAGAUGGUGAACAACUUUACCUGAAAAUACAGAUUGACAAAGCAGAGCACCUUCCUGAACACAGUGAUUGUUUGUUAAAGCAUUUUACAAUUAUCAAAUGGUUACUGCCUGUCAGUUAGGAAAAGUACAUGCUGUAAGUAAACCCUUUAUUCACCAUAGCAUUACACACUGAGUCACUCACAAGUACUUUACAGUAGAGAUACCCAUAUGAUCCCGCCAUACUUGUUCUGGCGUCAUCCGUUUUUUUUACGCUACCGUCCAAUCAGAAGCAGAGGACACGGGUGCGGUUUUGAUAGAUAGGACAAUGCACCAAUGGUGAGCGGAAAUCGGACGUCGCCGUAUCUGCCCUUACGGACGCUGUCAAAAACUAACGGCUUUCAACUACGGACAAGUAUUGAAUUCCCGCAUUUUAUAUUUUGUUUUUGUCUUCAUAAUAACAUACUAAUGUUGUUUAUUGAGUUUGUUAUCUCCUUUAUUGGCUAAUAUGACAGAACUAACAGCACCACAACUAGUUUCGGUUCUUCAUUUGUCUGCUGUGGUUAGCUAAGUGUUACACUGUAAAAUGUUGCUAUUCUUUAGCAACAUUUCGGUUGGAAAUAGCGAGUUAGUCAGUGUUUAUUAUUUUAAUGUGGUCUUGUGGCUCAGGAAUCAGAAGUGGGACCAAGUCAUUGUUUACGGAG